AUGACUGAGUUUGGAGAUUUUAUAAGCGCUUUGGGGGAGUUUGGGCUGUAUCAGAAAUUGCUAGUACUGUUCCUCUCCCUCCCUCUACUUCUUGGUCCUUUCCAAAUGAUUGGUCAAGUGUUCAUGGUGGUGGAUGUGCCUCAUUACUGCAACACCAGCUGGAUCCUUGCCGUCGGCCCCAACCUGACCGAGGAAGAGCAGCUGAACCUCACCCUGCCCCGGGACGCGGACGGGGCGUACGAGCAGUGCUCCAUGUACUCGCCGGUGGACUGGAACCUCAGCUCCAUCGUGGCAUACGGCCUGAAUGCCACGGAGAAGUGCCGCAGUGGCUGGGUGUACCCCUCAGCACCACCGCCGUCCCUGCUGACCGAGUUUGACCUGGUGUGCGACAGGAAGGACCUGAAUGACAUCUCCCAGUCUAUCUUCAUGGCGGGGCUUCUCCUAGGAGCCAUGAUCUUUGGGCCACUGAGUGACAGGGUAGGCCGUCGGCCGAUCUUUCUGAUCUCCACCCUCCUCCAGUGUCUGUUUGGUGUAGGAAUUGCCUUUGUGCCCCAUUUCUAUGUGUACAUAGCCUUCAAAUGUGUCGUGGGGGCUGCAGGGUCAGGAAUUCUGAUUACUGCCUUGGCCUUAGCUACCGAAUGGGUUGGUGUCUCCUUCCGGCCAACAGCUGUGCUUAUUUCUCACUGCUUUGUUGCCUUCGGGCAGAUGCUUUUGGCUGGCUUGAGUUAUGGUAUCCGCAACUGGAGGCUGCUGCAGAUUGCAGGAUCAGCUCCAGCGUGUGCCCUUUUCUUCUACAUCUGGGUCCUACCAGAAUCAGCUCGGUGGCUGGUGACAAAAGGCAGAAUAGAAGAAGCUAAGAAGGUCCUUCAGAAGGUAGCAUCCAUCAACAAGCACACCAUCCCACCAGCACUCCUUGAGCAGUUGAAGCCUGAGACACAGAGCAAGCCUGGAAGUACUCUGGAUCUCUUUCGGAAGAAGCACCUCCGGAAGGUGACUUUAAUCUUGUUGUGCUCCUGGUUUGCGGACAGCCUUGUCUACUAUGGGCUGAGUCUGAACGUGACAAAUUUUGGACUGGACAUCUACCUGACACAGCUUGCGUUUGGAGCAGUGGAGUUACCAGCUCGAUUUUGCUGCAUUUUCCUGCUGCAGUGGUUCGGGAGGAAGAAAACCCAAGCCGUCCUCUUGCUGCUGUCUGGCCUAAUGUGUCUCAUCAUCACUGGCAUCCCUGAAGACCAGCCCGUGGCAACCACUGUCCUGGCCAUCACUGGCAAGUUUACAGCCACGGCCUCCUUCUCCACCUCCUACGUCUACGCCGCAGAGCUCUUCCCCACAGUCGUCAGGCAGACCGGUGUGGGGCUCUGCUCGAUGUCGGCACGGGCAGCGGGGAUCUUGGCCCCACUGAUCGGCCUCCUGGGCCAGUACCAUCAGGCCAUCCCCAUGGCUAUCUUCGGGAGUGCCCCCGUGGUUGGGGGCCUGCUCUGCAUCCUGCUGCCUGAGACUCGCGGCACUGACCUGGUGGACAACACGGAGGUGGCUGCCACACAACUGAGCAGCAGAACAGUAGAAAUUUUUUCCAAGAGAGACAUCACACAGGAUGGAGUAGACUUGGAGGAGGACGUCUACAGAAGCCCAGAGAGCAAGUGA